GUCUUCACAAGUGUUCGGACCUGAGAAGUGGCUUUAUUUUCAGAAGAGCUAAUCAACGUUUUAAAACACUGCGAUACAUUCGAGGAUUAACGCACUUGCUUGGAUUUUUCUAUAUUUCUUCUAUUUACAUUUCAUUGUCUGAGUAUUUGGAUUGCAAUUUUAUUGAGUUUUCGAGGGUACUGCGCCCUCAGGAAGAGGGAGGUCGUUAGGAUACAGCGCCAUCAACUUGCUCUGUUCGUAAUUGAGUUUGGUUUGUGAGACUUAUUUUUUCUCUGUGUGUCACCUGCUGAUUUCCAGAAUUUGUGAUUUCCAAAGAUGAAACUACUGAUUGCCUUGACUCUCGUGUCAUUCGCCGUGGGAGCCUUUUCACAAUGUACAUGUCCGACUUCAAAGUGGGCCGUUUGUGAUGGUACUCCGUGCCAAUGCACUCUACUGGUUGGAGAUAAUCAGAAGCAAGCUGUGGACUGCACCAAAUUGAUCCCCAAAUGCUUCCUGAUGAAGACCCAGAUGCAGAGGGCCAGGACGGGUACCAUCGGCAGCAAGCCCGUAGAGACCGCCUUGGUGGACGACGAUUGGAUGUAUGAUCCGGAUUGCGAGGUCAACGGCAAGUUCAAGGCCAGGCAGUGCAACGGAACCGAGGAGUGCUGGUGUGUGAACAGCGCCGGCGUGCGUAGAACCGACAAAGGCGACAAGAACCUGAAGUGCGACGUGCUGGUGGAGACAUACUGGUUGCGUAUGCAAAUGACCCACAAGGAGCUGGCUAAAGAAGUAGAUGAGGCUCAGCUGAAAACCGGGAUUGAAAAUGCCAUCCUCGCCCGCUACAAGUUGGCCAAAACCUUUGUAAAGGAGGUUCAGUAUGACAAGGAUGCUCGUAUGAUCAUUGUGGACGUCAAGAAGGACAAGGAUGACACCAAGGAGGACCUCACACGUGUUGGCUGGUACAUGGAGAAGGAUAUCAAGGAGCUGCCACAGUUCAACAACCAGGAGAAGUUUGAGCCAAUGGUGGGGGGGCAGAAGAUGGAGAUGGACAGCAUCUUGGUCUACUAUGUGGAUGCCAAGGCACCCACUUUCACCAUGAAGCACCUGACUGGGGGAGUGAUCGCUGUCAUUGUGGUGGUCAUCCUGGCUGUGGUUGCAGGUCUUCUUGUCCUGUUCUUCUUGAGGAGGCGAGAGCAGGCUCGCUACAGCAAAGCCCAGCCCAGGGAGAUGGACAACAUGUAAAUAGAUGCCUCCACGACUCAUCCAAGUCUCCAGAGCUUUGAGAAAGUGAGCGAGUGCAUUAUGUGGGAAUAUAGAUGUGCUGUAUUUUGCUUGGUUACAUACGUAUGUUUUUUUUUUUUUUUUUUUUUUUAUUGGGAAUCUUUGCUCGUGCCUGUUACAAUGGGUUGCACCCAUGUACUCAAAGAAAAGGAGUGACUCCAGACUGUCCAUUCAGUUUAAAAUCUUAUUUUGAUGUUUUAGCAUCAGUUUUUGUUCCUCAGUUGUAAAUAGUGGCUUGGAAGCAGGCAAAUUGGCACUUGUGCUGUUUUCUUAACAUAUUACACUGCAGUCAGUCAAUCUGUUGUUCGAAUAACCGAAGAGACCUGAUGUCCGUGUAGACUCUUCGUUAAGUGGCAUUUUGAGCUCCUGUGCUUGGAGUACUGCAG